AUGCAUCUCGCGGCUUCCUCCUCCGCGCUUAACACAUGUGGGCGUACCGUGGAAGCAGCAUGCCACGUCCAUCACCUCCUCUUCCAACCCCCUUCCCUCUUCUUUCCCCUCCCGUCGCCCCUGUCCUCCCGUCGCCCCUCUUCCCCCUCCCCGCGUCCUUCCCCGUACCAUCGCAGAUCCACGAUUGCUGCUGUGGAGGGGUGGAUUGUGCUUGUAACGGGGGUGCACGAGGAGGCACAGGAGGAUGACGUGCAUGAGAUGUUCGCCGAGUUUGGAGAGAUCAAGAACCUCCACCUCAACCUCGAUCGACGCACAGGGUUUGUUAAGGGCUACGCUCUGGUGGAGUACGAGAGCAGGCAGGAGGCAGCAGCGGCCAUUGAGAGCCUCAACGGCGCAGAGCUGCUCACCCAGCCCAUUGCUGUCAACUGGGCCUUCACCACGGGGCCACGGGGGAAGCACGGUGGCAGAAGCAUAUGGCUGUCGUGCGCGUGGGAAGAGAUGUUUCCGCACUGGUACACCCACGGCAGAAAUGGUGGGGGAAGUGGCGCAUUCAGACGCGCCUCCGCCUCCCCCAUGCCAGGCUGCAGUGCGUCUUCUCGCGCCUCGCCCGCAUCAGACGAUGACGAUUCCCCUGAUGGGUCUGAUUCCCUUCACAGCAGUUACUCGUUGCCCACCUCCUGCCCUCCCACUCUCUCCGCCCCCUGCUCCCUCACUCACCCCGUCCUCUUCCUUGCCUCCUACCCUCUCCUUCCUGCUCCCAAUAAGCCACCAUUUCUACCGCACAGCUUCCUCUUCCCGUCCCAUAAACACUCACUUCGCCUCCCACAGUCUGCUCUGCAUUUAGCGCCCUCAACAUCAUCACCAGCAGCAACCCUUCCGCUGCCUCACGCGCCCACCCUUGCUUCGCCCAGCCUUGUCCGUUUCCACUCACAUCACGCGCACAACAAGCUCGUGGAGGCUCCACAGCCACGGAAGUUCCCAGGAGAUGGACGUGCGGGGGAUGAAGGGAGAGUAAUAGGGGGUGCAAGCAGGACAGAAGCAGUGCCUGAUGCGACACUGGCUCUGCAGCAGGGGCCGGGAGGACGGGAGCCGGGGCUUGGUGCUGAACUGGCACUUGCACGAUCAACAGAGCAGAUGCGGGAAAGCGAUGGUCACUGUGCUGGCAAUGGUGAUGAUGCCAGUGACAGUGACAGUGACAGUGACUGUAGCAGCGGUGACUGGGAGCGUGAUGAAGAGAUAGAGCAGGAAAGCAGCAGCUCUGGUAGAGGGAGAGUGAGCAGGGCGGAAGCAGAGCUUUUGGAGCGUUUGUGGUCAUUUAUCCGCCACCAUCCUCCCUCUCUUCCUCUCAUGCCUCGCCUCCUCUCCUGGCGCCCCCCACCGGACCGCUUCUCUCCCACAGCUCCCUCCCAUCCCACCUCUCGCACCAUUGCUGUGCAAGCAAGCCACGGGAGAGAUUGCAGCAGCAGCAGCAGUAGCAUCAACGGCACUGGUGGUGCAGUCUUGGACCGGCGACUCGUGAUGCUGCUGGUGCGGCGGCUAAAGGAGAGGCACCGGCACCAGCAAGCUCUUGAGCUGCUGCAAUGGCACAUGGCCCGCCUCCCCCCACACUGCGCACCACAUAGUCCACGUCAGCAUGAACGGGAGAGCCAAUCAAGGGGCUCGGACAUGGAGAGGGAGGACCCGGAGUGGGAGGUGUGUGAGCUGAUCGAUGGCUUGGCUCGCUGCGGGCGAUGGAGCGACGCCAGAGACGCCUUCCUCUCCCUGCCAUGCCACGCCCGCUCUCACAAGGCAUACAGUGGAGUGUUGUACCAAUUGGCGCGCACGGGCCAGCACAGCAAGGUGCAGGAGGAGCUGCAGUGGCUGCAUGAGACAGCAGGGGCGGCGCUGGGUGUGAGCUCCUUCAACGCGCGCCUGCUCGCCCUCUCCUCCCUGCCGUCGCGUCUAGCCUCUGCUGAUUCAGUGACACAGAGGAUGGACGAGGUCAUGGAAGAGAUGAGGGUGAAGGGCAUCGCCCCGUCCCUCUUCUCCUUCCACAUCCUCCUGCGCCACUGCCUGCACCACCCCCCUCACGCACCCACGUCCUCUCCUGGCCGUCUCAACGCCCUCCUGCACGCCAUGCAUCACCACCACCGCCUGCUGCCCUCCGCGCAAACCCACUCCAUCCUGCUCCGCCUCUUCAUUCACACCGGGCAGCUUGCCCGGGCAGAAAAAUCUUUCCAUGCCAUGCUGGGGGAUGGUUUAGCACCGUCCCCUGCUGCGUGUGCUGCGCUGUGGAUGGCGAUGGGACGGGCGGGGAAGGGGGGACGUGGAGGGGAGGUGGAGGGGAUGUGGGGGAGGGUGGGUGGGAUGGGGGUGAGGGUGACUCGGCCCAUGCAUGUGGCGCGCAUAGCAGCGCAUGUGGCGGCUGGUGACAUACCCAUGGCAGAGGAAGCGUUUGCUCACCUGCAUGCCUGCACCCGUCGCCUUGACCGGGAUGCCUGUAACGCGCUUCUCAAGGGGUACACGCGAGCAAACAUGCCAGAUGCUGCGCUGCGAUUGGUCGAUGACAUGCGCAGGGCGAGCGUUCCGUGCGGCACGGCCACUCUCUCCCUCCUCCUCUCCUGCCUCUCUCGCUCGCACCGCCUCUCCCAUGCCACCGCCCUCCUCUCUCAACUGGUCACCACUCCUGAGACUCCUGUACCCGUUGAUCCCCCUGUCACCGCCAACCCACCAAACACUCCUCAUCGUGCAUCCCUGCCUGGGUCCGUGCAGCACCACAGCUCUCCUCCUGCAACUCUAGAUUACACCCUCUCCUCUCAUCAUUCCCCUCGCCCCCACGGCUCACAGCUGUCCUCGCCCCCGGCCACCAUCAAGCGGCGCGUGCUGCGGGGGCUGAUGGAGGCACUCAAAGCAGAGGGGCACGUGGAGGGCGUGAGGCAGGCGAUUCACGCAGGCGAGGCCAUGUGGGGCCGCUGUGAGGUGGCCUGGUACAAGAUGCUCAUAGGGGCCAUGCUGCGACAAGCAGAGGUGGUUGCAGGGAAGGGGGAAGGGGGAGAUGGGGAGGGUAGCAGUGGGGGGAGGUGGGAGGAGGCGGCGAGGGGGGUUGAAGAGGAGAUGAGGGUGAAGGGAGUGAGGGCGGAUCAUGAGCACCUUCUUUGUCUCAUCAUCCCUUCUCUUCAUACCCCCUUCACUGCUCCUUCUCUUCAUACCCCCUUCACUGCUCCUUCUCUUCAUACCCCCUUCACUGCUCCUUCUCUUCAUACCCCCUUCACUGCUCCUUCUCUUCAUACCCCCUUCACUGCUCCUUCUCUUCAUACCCCCUUCACUGCUCCUUCUCUUCAUACCCCCUUCACUGCUCCUUCUCUUCAUACCCCCUUCACUGCUCCUUCUCUUCAUACCCCCUUCACUGCUCCUUCUCUUCAUACCCCCUUCACUGCUCCUUCUCUUCAUACCCCCUUCACUGCUCCUUCUCUUCAUACCCCCUUCUCUGCUCCUCUUCAUACCCCCUUCUCUGCUCCUUCCCUUCAUACCCCCUUCUCUGCUCCUUCUCUUCUUACCCCCUUCUCUGCUCCUCUUCUUCCCCCUUCUCUGCUCCUUCUCUUCUUCCCCCCUUCUCUGCUCCUUUUCUUCCCCCUUCUCUGCUCCUCUUCUUCCCCCCUACUCUGCUCCUUCAAUUAUUCCCCCCUUCUCUGCUCCUUCAAUUAUUCCCCCCUUCUCUGCUCCUUCAAAUAUUUCCCCCUUCUCUGCUCCUUCUCUUCUCACCGCCUUCUCUGCUCCUUUUCUUCCCCCUUCUCUGCUCCUUCUCUUCUUCCCCUUUUCUCUGCUCCUUCUCUUCUCUAG